AUGUCUUCGUAUAUUGAUGAAGAUAUAUCUCGGGGUCCUGAAGUUUUGGCGAAAUACAAGUUAGAAGGCAUGGAGGAUCCAGAGAUCUUUGCUUACUUCUCUAUAAAAGGCCGCCAAUUAUUGGAUUGGCGAACCAACCUGAUUGGGGAAUCUAUCCUCAACAGGCGUUCGGGGAUGUCUAAGGAUUAUCUAUAUCCAACCCUUUCUGGGAAGCUUAGGGAGCUGUACGGUUCCAAUCCCACAGGAUCCCAGUUCUUCGAGGAGAUGAAAUUGAGAAAAGAGGAUUUCUGUGAAUACGGUACCUUUAAUCGACAAUUGAUAAGACAGAUUAAAGGGUUCACAAAUAGCGUUUGUGAUGCAGCGGAACCAUGGCAAUUAGGAUCUCAAGACGCAGCAACGUCUACGAUGCAAGGAAUAAUAGACUUACAUCACGAUAUCUUUUUCUUCCUCAUUGUGAUUUUGGUUUUCGUAUUACGGAUCUUGGUUCGCGCUUUAUGGCAUUGAAACUAUAAAAAAACUCCAAUCCCGCAAAGGAUUGUUCAUGGAACUACUAUCGAGAUUCCGGACAUAAGUCAGUCUAUCAUCCUGAUGUUCAUUGCUAUACCAUCAUUUGCUCUGUUAUACUCAAUGGACGAGUCCGUAGUAGAUCCUGCCAUUACUAUCAAAGCUAUUGGACAUCAAUGGUAUUGGACUUAUGAGUAUUCGGACUAUAACAGUUCCGAUGAACAGUCACUCACUUUUGACAGUUAUACGAUUCCAGAAGAUGAUCCAGAAUUGGGUCAAUCACGUUUAUUAGAAGUGGACAAUAGA